AUGCAUGCCCAUAUCCUAAAUACCCUGGCGCUUGCCAGUCUCGCUAUUGCCCAUGGAGAUCACCAGCAAGUGCCCAUGUCUGGCCCGCACAAACAGCUGUGGUACAACACCCUGCCAGGAGACGGCGGGAAACAAGCGGACUCGGUCUUCUCGGGUAUAUCGACUUUCGGACGGUUGCCGUAUUUUCCUUGUUUGGCCAGCGAUGAAGAGUCGUACGAUAUUGCUUUCCUAGGUGCCCCAUUUGACACAGGCACUUCCUACCGGCCAGGUGCUAGGUUCGGGCCUAGUGGUAUCAGACAGGGCUCUCGUCGGCUAAACCUCUAUGGUGGCUACAACGUUCCAUUAGAUGCAAACCCAUUUGCCAGCGAGAUCAAAGUUCUCGACUGCGGCGAUAUCCCAGUUACCUCUUAUGACAAUGAUUACGCCAUCCAGCAAAUUGAAGAAGGCCACAACAGUGUCCUGAUGCGCCAGCCGUUUACUGAUGCUAUGAAACCUGGACAAUCUCGAGCGGGCAAAACGCUACCGCGAGUUAUUACACUUGGAGGGGAUCAUACAAUUACACUGCCGUUGCUGCGAAGCAUUAACCGCGCUUAUGGGCCGGUAUCAGUGAUUCAUUUUGACAGUCAUCUGGACACUUGGAAGCCAAAGGUUUUCGGCGGUGCGCCUUCAAAGACUGCUAGCAUCAACCAUGGAACAUACUUCUAUCAUGCAGCUAUGGAGGGACUCUUGAAGAACGACACUAAUAUCCAUGCCGGCAUCCGAACCACACUAUCGGGUCUCUCAGACUAUGAUAACGAUGGCUAUGUUGGUUUCAGUAUUGUUGAGGCUAGAGAGAUCGACACCAUCGGAACCGACGGAAUUAUCCAGAAAAUCCGUGACCGAGUCGGCACUGUCAAUCCGGUUUACUUGUCCAUCGACAUUGACACUCUUGACCCAGCGUUCGCCCCCGCCACAGGAACCCCCGAAACAGGUGGCUGGUCAACCCGUGAAUUGCGCACCAUUGUCCGCGGCCUCGACGGCCUCAACUUCAUCGGCGCAGAUAUUGUCGAGGUGGCACCGGCAUAUGAUACCAAUGCAGAGCACACUACCAUGGCAGCCGCCGACGUUUUAUACGAGGUUCUUACGAUGAUGGUUAAAAAGGGACCUUUGAGUAUUGAGGGAUCUCAGAGAGAUGCAUACUAG